GCUGUUUGCAUUGAGAAUUCUUGCAUGGUGAGAGGAAGCAAGCAAGGAAGAAAUGGUGUUAUUCAUAUAUUCAGAGAAAUCAUCCAACCUGCAGAUAAAUCCCUCCAUGAAAAACUAAGACAAGACAAGCGUUUCAGUGUCUUCCUCAGCCUGCUUGAAGCUGCAGACUUAAAAGAUCUUCUAAGUCAGCCUGGAGAUUGGACCUUAUUCGCACCAACCAAUGAUGCUUUCAAGGGAAUGACAAACGAAGAAAAGGAAACUCUGAUCCGGGACAAAAAUGCCCUCCAAAACAUCAUCCUUUAUCAUCUGACACCAGGAGUUUACAUUGGAAAAGGAUUCGAACCUGGCGUCACUAACAUUCUAAAGACCACACAAGGAAGCAAAAUCUAUCUGAAAGGGGGAAAUGAAACACUUCUGGUAAAUGAAUUAAAGUCCAAAGAAUCUGACAUUAUGACCACGAAUGGUGUAAUUCAUGUUGUGGAUAAACUUCUCUAUCCAGCAGACAUACCUGUUGGAAAUGAUCGGCUGCUGGAAAUACUUAACAAACUGAUCAAAUACAUCCAAAUUAAG